AUGAAUAGUGAAGGUGGAGUUACAGAAAAGAGUGAAUCAACUCAAACAAUUAGUUCUGCAAAACAAUCUCGUGUAUGGGCUUAUUUUAAAAGAAUUUAUGGUGAUCAAGGUUUAAAGGCGAAAUGUUUAGUUGGUGAUUGUGCGAAAGUCCUGUCAACACCUCUACAUUCGACAUCAACAUUGAUUCGACAUUUACGUGAUGUUCAUGAAGUGGACGAAUUUAAGCCGAAGGAAAAGUUGGUACAUCGUUCAACACAUAAACGUAUACCCGUUAAAUUAAAAAAGAAAUUGGAUCGUGCAGUAGUAACAGCAAUAAUUGAAGACGGACGUAGUUUUGGUGAUUUUUUGAAAUCUGGUUUUCGAAAAUUUAUUCAGCUAGUUUUACCGGGUUACAAGGCUCCACAUCGCAAUUCGAUUAAUACUCGGUUAAAAUGUCUUCAUACAAAGCAUUUUUUUAUUACGUACGGAUUUUAUGGAUACUUCGACCCUUAUGGUAUAUCAGUUAUGACAAAUAAUGAAAUUAACAAAACAGAAAAUGAAAUAAAAUAUAUAAUUCCUCAACAAACAUCUAACGGUCCAACACAAGCAUCAUCAACAACAUCUUCAAAUACAAAUGGAUCAUUAACAACAGAAAAAGAGAAAAAGAAAUCAUUAAUCAAUUAUUUUCUUGAUUCAUUAGCUGAUGAAGAUACUCAACAGGUCAAAAAGCAAUCUUCAACGUUAAACAAGAUAUUAAAUGAUGAAUUUAAAACUUAA